CGCUUCCAAGCGGACGCCAUUGCCAUUUCCCGCAUUUUCUUACGUCAGGCAGACAUCGCGUUCGGAAAUACGAAUUUUCAGCAUCCGAAACAUUCGUUCAGAAAUCUUGUGUUCAUUAAUUUAUUUCUAGUUUUAUUUACCAUUUAUUUGUGAUAAUCUGUGAUUUAUUUGAGUGAGUGUGGGCAAUAAAAACCGGGAGCAAACCCGGGAGCUGUCAGCUGUCAAAAACGUCGAGAUGGAGGCGAAGGUGAAGGAAGAGGUGACAGAUAAGGACUACAGUCAGCCCUCCACCACGGCCGAGAGACGGAAAUCCACCACGUCAGGCAAAGACAGGCGAUCUCCAGAGCAAGAAGAUACCAGGUCAUCGCCCACACCUGGACCACCCAGCCCCCAGAACAACGGCACUGCUGCCACUCUCUCAUCAACGGAAUCCUUAUCACCACCGCUGCCCGAAGGCUCUCGCUCCGCUCCAGCGCUGCAGCGCUUAAGGAAGUUCCUCUCAGCGCUGCAGCAGUUCGCUUCAGACGUCGGCACGGACACUGGGGAACGAGUACGACAGUUGAUUUUCAACCUUGUUGCGGGAGUGGUGAACAUCGAGGACUUCCAAGCUGGCGUGCAGGAGUGCACCAACUACCCGCUGCGGGCCUCCGUGCCGGGCUUCCUGAGGGCCCUGCUGCCUCUGGCGCAGAGGGACUUGCACGCGAGGGCGCGGAGGGUGAAGCAGACACCUCUGCAAUACAUCAGAUCACACGAGCAUCUAAUCUUGGAGUCGGGAGGCGACAGCAGCGACAUUUUCGCGCCGCAGCAAAGCGGCAACGAAGCGGCAGCCAAGCGGCGCGCGAGCGAUCCGUUCUACGAUGCUCAAACCAACGGCUCCCACGACGACUACCCGCCGCACGCCAAGCGGCCGAGCCUCUUCAACCCCUCCCCUUUCUACGCCCUCCCCAGCAACGCCAGCCUCUUCGACUACAACCCCUACCACAGCUACCACGCGACACAGGACACCGGCUUCGAGAGGCGAGAUGGUGGCAUCACGGUCCGAGACGUAUCGUCAAUGAACGCGCCCUUCUCAGAGCCGCGACCAGCGCUGCUGAAGAGUGAUGACGAGUGGAAGAACAUCAAUACCAUGCUGAACUGCAUCCUCAGCAUGGUGGAGAAGACGAAGAGAGCACUCGCCAUAUUGCAGCAGAGAGGUGUAGAGCCUCCAGAAAGCAACGAUAUAAAAAGGGCAGCCAGUGAAAUCAUGGCGACCGCAGUACGGCAGACAGAAGAGAGGGUGGCAGAAGUGAGGAGACGAGCUGAAGAUGCAGUCAACCAGGUGAAACGCCAAGCCCUCCUAGAAUUGCAACGCGCGGUAGGCGCAGCAGAAACCAAGGCCUUAGAGCUGGUGGCGGCAGAACGAGGGAAGAUGGAACGCCUCAUCGAGCGACGGCAUUCCCCACCUCCUGUACGAGACCUGAGCCCUAGUGCAGCUGGACAACAGAACUGCUGCUGGAACUGCGGACGCAAGGCGCAGGAGACGUGCUCGGGCUGCAACGCGGCGCGCUACUGCGGCGCCUUCUGCCAGCACAAGGACUGGGAGAACCACCACCAGGUCUGCAGCGGUCGAGACCAAAAACCAACAACCCUCUUACGAACAUCCCCUCCAACCACUCAGACAACCCUUCCGAAACCCUUAACCCGCUCAACCACCCCGAUAACAACCACACAAACCCUCCCAGUAACCACCAACACCGACAGACAAGACAACCGGCUAUCACUGACAACCCUGAACUCGGCUGAAAGAUUACUCACGACGAAUCUGGCAACCCAAGAAAGAAGUUUAAGUGCAAACUCGGAAAGAAUCGCGUUGGCAACCCUGUCAACCGCCCAGGGUCUCAUUAGCGGGAUUGGUGGAAAGAAAUGACGCCUCAAUAAAGACUUUUUGGGUAACACCAUCAAGUUUCCACGAAAAGUUAGGAGAUGAACUCCUUAAAUGGGUUUUUAAUGGUGUUUUGUUUUGUACAGUUGUGAAUUUUUUGUAAAUAAAAUAUCAACAUAAAUUCAUAACAUUACUCAAAUGGCGUUUCAAUGGCAGCCUGUUGAGACCUUUGAGAAAUUAUGGAGAACUCUCAGGCAUGCAGGUUUCCUCAUAAUGUUUUCCUUCACCACUAAAGCAAGUGCUUUACCUAAAUUAAUUGCUUGAACUUGUAACGCACAUAACGUAGAGGUCCAAGCCCGGGAUCGAACCCAAAUAGGGCCCUAAUAGAGCCCUAAUAGGGCUCCAAAGUCACCGUAACUGUUAGCAUUUAAAUAGGAUCAAAGAGUUAUGACCUAGCCAAUGAUACGAGCUUAAGUUCGCUAAUGUGUGCUGACUGGUUACUCUCAAACUUUUCCUUUGAGAGCAGUAAUUUUCUCGUUUCGAUAUUUUGUGUAGAUGUCGAAAGUAUCU